CCAGUAUUCUCAGCUUAUCUCUCUACAAACCUACUAGUUUCCCCCAUACUUUAUUUCUCUACCAUGUCUACCGAGGUCAAGGCUCCUGAGGUCAAGGCUGUCAAGCCCAAGGCUGUUAAGCCUAAGACCGUCCCUACCCACCCUCCCUACAUUGAGAUGGUUACUGCUGCUAUUGUCACGCUGAAGGAGCGCGACGGCUCGUCCCUGCCCGCUAUCAAGAAGUUCAUUGAGACGAAGUAUGGCAAGGACAUCCACGACAAGAACUUCCCGAAGACGUUGUCCCAGGUGCUUAAGACGUUCGUCAAGAACGGCAAGCUGGUCAAGGUGAAGUCUUCCUUCAAGCUGUCGGAUGCCCUGAAGACCAAGGUCAAGUCUGCCGCGAAGAAGGCUGCUGCCCCCAAGAAGGAGGCUAAGCCGAAGAAGGAGGCCGCUCCCAAGAAGGCCAAGGCGCCGAAGAAGGAGGGCGAGAAGAAGGAGAAGAAGCCCAAGGCCGCUAAGAAGCCUGCUGAGAAGAAGCCCAAGGCCGUCAAGAAGGCUGAGAAGCCGAAGAAGGCCGCUGCUGCCAAGCCCAAGAAGGCUGCCCCUGCCAAGGACGCCAAGCCCAAGAAGGCCGCUGCCCCUAAGGCCAAGAAGGCCGCUGCGCCGAAGAAGGCUGCCGCUCCCAAGCCCAAGAAGGCCGCUGCUCCCAAGCCCGCCAAGUCCCCUAAGGCCAAGGCUGCC